CUCUGUUCAUUCAGAGUAAAAAGUAGGGUUAGCUGAGUUAAGGCUGGUGGAGCGGAGGCUGCGGUUCUGAGCUGCAGUGUUUUCUCUCGCUUCUCUCGGUAAAUCAGGAGGAUUUAAGGAGUUUUUCUGGAGCAGCAGACCGGUCUCCUCUAUUUCUCAGAUUUCUAAAGGGCAUGAGGCCUUGAGAGACGAAGAUUGGAGCAGGGAAGAACAUCGUUACGCAACCAAGAAGGCUGUUUAAUAUUAAACAAAUUCAUCUCAUUGAGUUUUGGAUUGUUUGCUUGAAACAUUAUUCCAUUUUCUGAAGCUUUGGAUUUCUACCCUGCUUCUUAUAUUUAUUUUGGUCUGGAGGAGAUUUGCUGUUGACCACUUUUUGGUAUGAGGGUUUGCGUUGAAGGAAAUGCAAGUAUCGACCUUCGUAGCGCCAACAUGACCACUGAGAAGGUUGCCGCAGUUCUAGGAGUCAAAGCAGCAUCUUCUUCCUUAUCCUCAAAUCUCAAGAAGGAGCUGCUGGCUUUUGAUUUUGAGUUGACUGAGAGAAGCAGCUCUGAUCCACAGCUCCUCUGUUCAUGUUCUUCUUCAUAUCGUCCACAUUUGUCUCCAUCCAAAGACCACCAGGACUCCAGAUCGUAUGAGCAGACUGCAGGGAGCCCUUUGGACACCAGAUCUAAGAGUUUGGACAGUCUGGGAAAUGUAUGUGGGGAUGCGUAUUGCUGCUCGGCUGAAGGAUUCACAUGCAGACAGUCGAAUGGGACGUGCAGCCCAGUGGAAACGAACAGGACUUGCCAGAAAUCCGUCCCUGUAUCUGGAGACCGGGGAAUGACGUUUCAGCCGAGCCGGGCCAACGGACUGCAGAGAACAGAGGGGUUUUCUUCUGAAGUGAAUCACCUCAUUGGAAAGACGCCAAGCAUGAGCGGCUCAGCCAGUAGACCGGGCCAGCUGGAAGCCAGAGUCCCUCAGCACGGGGAGGAGGACAGGCCUGCCUGUGAGCUCAGCACCAGGAGAAGCAGCCUGCCCACAUUUUCCCCACUGCGGUUCCGCUGCGCAUGUGACAGCAGGGGCAAGCCAGAAGCCACAAUGCGUGACCGCAUGCCGUACCAGGUGAAUUUGAGGUGUACCCACUGCCACAGUGCAGGCUUCUCCAGCCUGGAAAGGCUCAACAGGAGACCCAAAUCCAAGUGCACUCUGGGACGCUGCACACACACACUGGGUCAGGGCUCCGGACUCUCCAGACUGAAACUGACCCUGCAGUCUCACAGCGACGGUGAAGGUGCUGCGCCUGAUGGAGAUUUUGUGAGGAAUAAGAAGGAGCGCUCAACUGUGCUGGUCAGGAGAUACCUGAAGAACAACAAGAAGAUCACCAAGAUGGUGUGCUCUGGCACCAGAGCCAUUGUGAGGACCCUACCAACCGGCCAUGUGUCUGAGCGGGUGUGGGAGGUGGUUUUCAGAAGAACAGCUGAUCGGCGUGAGGGAUGUGCUUUAGCAGCUUACUGUAGAUACAGCAGAGAGCGUCAUGCGGUCCAGCUGCAAGUCUCUCGAGCUCUUCUCAUCUACCCGGGGCUCAGGCUGGCACAGCUCCAGCUUGCUUUCCCGACCCUGAGGCCUGAGGUCCAUCUCUUGCACCCUGCCCGGAAGCUGCUGGCUAAACCGCUAGCAUGGCCGCCUGCCUGCCCGCUGCGGGUUAAGUACCAGGCUUGCCUGCUCAGAAUCAAUUUAGCCGCCCGCCUAAGCGGGGCACUGCUGGAGAGCACGCUUGCUCUCGGGGCCCGCAGCAGCCUGCCGGGCGUUGCCCUCGGCUCUACCGGCAGACCCAUGCUGAAAGAGUUCUGCAGCUCCAUGGCCAGCUCCAGCUCGCUGUCCUCUAGCGUGACGGGCAUUAGUAAGGAGUUGGCUGACCUGCGUCAUCUCAUCCAGUUCCCAGAGGAAAUCGCGAGCAUACUGACCGAGCAGGAGCAGCAACUGUACCGCCGGGUUUUCCCUCUCGACUACCUCUCCUUCCUCACCCGCGACCUGAGCAGCCCCGAAUGCCACAAACGCCACCCGCACCUCAAAGCCUCUCUAUCAGCUCCCACCAUGCCCACCCAGAACACCACGCACAACACAGUGGAGGACCUGGUCACACGCUUCAAUGAGGUCAGUUCCUGGGUGACUUGGCUUAUCCUGGCUGCUGGCUCUAUGGAGGAGAAGAGAGAGGUCUUCUCAUACCUGGUCCAUGUUGCCAAGUGCUGCUGGAAUAUGGGCAACUACAACGCAGUGAUGGAGUUCUUGGCAGGCCUGAGAUCCCGUAAAGUGCUGAAGAUGUGGCAGUUCAUGGACCAAACAGACAUUGACACCAUGAGACGCCUAAAGGACGCCAUGGCCCAGCACGAGUCCUCGUCUGAGUACAAGAAGGCGGUGAACCGUGCCCUCAACAUCCCUGGCUGUAAAGUGGUGCCGUUCUGCGGCGUGUUCCUGAAAGAGCUCAGUGAAGCUCUCGACGGAACAGCCAGUCUGAUUGGCCUGCGUUUUCCUUUCAGUUCUCAAGAGGACUCGAUCGAGUUUGUGUCCGACUACAACGGUCAGCUGCAUUUUCUGCAGAGGGUGGGAAAUGACGGACUACACAACAUUGAGAAAGAGGCCACAGUUAGUAACAUCCUUCAGACCAUCCGUAGCUGCAACCGCAGCCUGGAGGCAGAGGAAUUGGAGGAGAGCGUGAGGGAACCCAGCACUGUCCUCCUUAGGAACUCUUUCAAAGACAAAAACAGGAACCAAUUUCUGGUUGGGGACCUCUCUGACUCUGAAGGGGAUUUGGUGGAGCCUCCCCGUGAGACGGACCUACAGAGCCCAGAGGAGCCACAUGGAGCUUUCUGCCACGGCACGGAGCUCAUCCCCUGGUACGUUCUCUCGCUGUCGGCCGACAUCCACCAGUUCCUGCUGCAGGGAGCAACAGUCAUCCACUUCGAGCAGGAGAGCCAUCAGAGCAGCCGCUGCCUCCUCCGCCUGCAGCCUGACAACUGCUUCCUCACCUGGUCCAAACCCCAGAGCAGCUGCCCUCCAGGUAUCCGGAGUAAGGGCUGUCCUCUGGACCCCAGCAUCCACAGCCAUGCAGCUCUCUGUGGCCUGACGGAGGGAGUCCUGGACCUCAGCGUGGUAAAGGCUGUGUUCAUGGGUCACCCAGCUGUGGACAUCAACUUUGUGUGUCUGCAGCACAAGCUGUGCAAUAUGAGCGCAGAGGAGAACGGCAUCUCGCUGUUAUAUGGAGCGCACACCACCGACAACAAGCUGCUGCACUUUGUGGCUCCAACGCACACAGCGAGCGUACUGUACGAGGGCCUGCAGCAGCUGCUCAGUGCCAUCCGCAAGAUCAAGAACUUCCCUGACCAGAGACUGCAGUGGCUGCGCAGACAGUAUGUAGGCCUUUACCAGGAAGACUGUAGGUUUGAGGGGCCGACGCUGGCACAGGCCAUUGAGCUGUUUGGUGGCCGGCGCUGGGGUGUAAGCACCGGCAGCUCUGGCUCUACCAGCAGGAACACUGAGAAGACCACUGCUCAGAAGAACAGCCCACUGAGUAUGAACUCUAACGUCAAGAAGAAGAAGAAAACCCUCAUCAGGGGAGACAGUGGGGAUGGAACAGAUGACGAAAUGAUCUCACGCAAAACUAAAAGCUGUAAGGAGGUUCUGUGCAGGAGGUCCUCUGAUCCUUCAGAAGGUGUGGAGCAGGAAGAGAAUGAGGACUCUGUCCCAUUUGGCAGCCCCGGAACUUUCUCUUUACCCAGCACCAAAUCCCAAUCCCCUGGAACGUCCUCCAUCACUUCCUCUUCCUGCUCCUCCACCUCAAACACCACCACCCCUGCCCGGCCCCACUCCUCCCCUGUCCUCACUGGCAACUUCAAAACCCAGACCGGGGCAUGGAGCAGCAGGAGCUGGCACGGUCGAGGGAAAGACUGUUUCCGAGGCUUCCAGAACCUCAUGCUCUCAGACAGCAUCAUGAGCUUCAUCGAGUUCGUGGAGCUCUUCAAGUCUUUCAGUAUCCGCAGUAGGAAGGAUCUGAAAGAGCUGUUUGACACCUACGCCGUUCCCUGCAGCCGCUCGGGCCCGGACUCAGUGCCUCUCUACACCACUCUGAGAAUCGACGACAAAGUGACAGGCCUUCAGCCUGACCUAGACCUCCUGACCCGUAACGGAUCAGACCUGGGCCUGUUUAUCCGCACGCGCCAGCAGAUGUCCGAUAACCAGAAACAGAUUUCUGAUGCCAUCGCCGCUGCCAGCAUUGUGACCAACGGCACGGGCGUGGAGAACGCGUCCCUGGGCGUGUUGGGUCUUGCCAUUCCUCAGCUUAACGAUUUCCUAGUCAACUGUCAGCGGGAGCACCUGACCUACGAUGAGAUCCUAAGCAUCAUACAGAAAUUUGAGCCUUCUUCCAGCAUGCGCCAGAUGGGUUGGAUGUCCUUUGAAGGCUUUGCCAGGUUUCUGAUGGAUAAAGACAAUUUUGCCUCUAAAAAUGAAGAGUCACAAGUGAACUUGGAUGAAAUGCAGUAUCCACUGUCUUACUAUUACAUUGAAUCUUCACACAACACUUACCUCACUGGCCACCAGCUGAAAGGGGAGUCUUCAGUGGAGCUCUACAGUCAGGUGCUGCUGCAGGGUUGUAGGAGUGUGGAGUUGGACUGCUGGGAUGGUGAUGAUGGCAUGCCCAUUAUUUACCACGGACACACACUCACCACCAAAAUCCCCUUCAAGGAUGUGGUGGAGGCCAUCAGUCGCACUGCAUUUGUCAACUCAGAGAUGCCGGUCAUCCUGUCCAUUGAGAACCACUGCUCUCUUCCUCAGCAGAGGAAGAUGGCUGAAAUGUUUAAGACGGUGUUUGGAGACAAGCUGGUGACAAAGUUCCUCUUUGAGAGCGAUUUCUCAGAUGACCCACUGCUUCCGUCACCUCUGCAGCUCAGGGGAAAAAUCCUGCUCAAGAACAAAAAGUUGAAGGCACAUCAGGCGCCUGUGGAUAUUCUGAAACAAAAGGCACUCCAGCUGGCACACAUGCAAGCCCAGGCCAACAACAGUACACCCUCCGGCAGUUGUUUAGGCAACCACGAGGAAGAGGAGGAGGAGGAAGAUGAGUACGACUAUGACUACGAGUCUCUUUCUGAUGCCGAUGUCCUCAAUGCUUCCACUGCCUCUUUUUGCCAGGAAGAUAACAUCCUGGAUGACAAACCUGAGGGAAAGUCUUCGAGUGAGAAGCUCCAGUACGAGUCUAAUGACGAAAUGCCAAAGCGGUUUAAGAAAGCAGGCAGUAAAGGAAAGAUGUUUGACAUGGAGCUGGGGGAGGAGUUCUAUUUGCCGCAGAAUGAGAAGGAGAGCAGGCAGAUCGCUCAGGAACUCUCAGACCUCAUCAUCUACUGCCAGGCUGUUAAAUUCCCAGGACUCUCCACACUCUCGCCUAUAGGCCCUGGAAGGGCAAAGGACCGGAAGAGUAGAAAGUCCAUCUUUGGCACCGUUCCUGUGCGUGGGAGCCCCGGGGAGCCAGUGACGUUGGUCCGUGGCCCAGGAAAAGCUGUUUUAGAGGGUGUAAAGGGGACUUUGGAGGAGCAGGCGCAGUCUGUAUCUGGUUCUGCUCCCUCGCUCAGCGCAAUCAUCCGCACUCCCAAGUGCUACCACAUCUCCUCCGUCAACGAGAACGCUGCCAAACGCCUGUGCCGGCGCUACUCCUCCAAGCUGAUCCAGCACACAGCGGCCCAGCUGCUCCGUACUUACCCUGCUGCUACUCGCAUAGACUCCGCCAACCCAAACCCGCUCAUGUACUGGCUGCACGGCAUCCAGCUUGUUGCUCUGAACUACCAAACUGAUGAUCUGCCCAUGCAGCUAAACUCUGCAUUUUUUGAGGCUAAUGGUCACUGUGGGUAUAUCCUGAAGCCCCCAGUGCUGUGGGACCGCUCCUGUCCACUCUACCAGCAGUUCAGUCCAAUGGACCGAGAGUUGGAGCACAUGACCCCCACUGUCUACACACUCACUGUGGUGUCAGGGCAAAACGUGUGUCCAGGGAACAGCAGUGGCAGCCCAUGUGUGGAGGUAGAGGUUUUAGGCCUGCCUGUGGACACCUGCCACUUCCGCACCAAACCCAUCCAUCGCAACACACUCAACCCCAUGUGGAGUGAGAACUUUUCCUUCCAAGUGCACUUCGAGGACAUGGCCUUCCUGCGACUGGCUGUGGUAGAGAACAACAGCUCACAGAUGACAGCCCAGAGGAUCUUACCACUCAAAGCCCUCAAACCUGGCUACAGACACGUGCAGCUGAGGAACCAGCACAAUGAAUCACUAGAGGUGUCCAGCCUGUUCCUGUUCAGCCGGAGGACGGAGGAGAGUCCAGUUGGAGGACCCCGGCCUGCUGCUGUGUUGUUUAGCUCAGAGGAGAGGCGAGCGAGGAUACAGCACAAAGUGACGGUGCAUGGUGCACCAGGCCCAGAGCCAUUCACUGUAGUCACUGUGAGUGAACACAUCACAGCCAAGCAGCUUUUGGACAUGUUGGUUCCAGAUACUUCUGCGGACUACUUCCUAAUGGAGGAGAAGAUUCCUCUGUCGAAGGAGAGAAGCGAGGUAAAGAAAGUACCUCAGCAGCGCCCCCUAACUGCUGACGAGAGUGUGCUUAAAACAGUGAACAGCUGGCAACCAGAGGAGGGCUACGUGGGCAGAAUAUGCCUCAGAAACAGGAAGGAGAACGUAAACGAGAAGAGCACAGUGAUGGAGGGAGCAGAGGAGGUCAGUACUGGAGGAGAGGAGGAGAUGUUUUUCGUCCAGGUUCAUGACGUUUCUCCAGAGCAGCCUCACACGGUCAUUAAAGCCCCGCGCUAUAGCACUGCCCAGGACAUCAUCCAGCAGACGCUGAGCAAAGCCAAGUAUUCUUUGAGCAUCCUGAGUAACCCCAAGCCCAGCGAUUACGUGCUGAUGGAGGAGGUGAGCCGUGAGCUGGCUGGAAAGAAGAUGUCCUCGGCCAAGCCCUGUCAGCGUGUGCUGCAGGAUCAUGAAAGCGUGUUCCAGGCCCAGAGCAAGUGGAAGGGUGCCGGCAAGUUCAUCCUCAAACUCAAAGAGCAGAUUGCUCGUGAGGAUAAGCGGAGGGGUGUGUCGUUUGCCAGUGAGCUGCGGAAGCUGACGGGCCGCAGCCGCAGUGUGACGGUGAAUGGUCCUCCGCUACACGAGGCAGCGCACAGAUCUCUGUUGUCAGUUGGACUAAAGGCCUGGGUGGCUGAGGGCUGUCUGUGCUCUCAGAGGCAGGUAGAAACAGGACGUCCUGAAGACAGCAGCACUCCCUCAAUCUGGACCUUCCCACUGCUGUGGAACUGGAAGCUCCACAAGUGAGUGUUCAAAAACAGCAGCGGCACUAAAACCUCACACAGAGCCUCACACUUCAGGCUUCACUGCAGGAGCUCCCAGUACCCCACACACUGGCUGAGGAACAGCGCGGGACAGUAGCUCAGUAGGCUUGUUAGCGCUUAGCAUUAGCCUGCUGUUGGGUCAGAAUAGGUCGGUGUAACUCUUCUUCUUACUCCGUCUUCAUUUCCCUCCUCUGAUUUGGCAGCAGUGGGCUGGUGGUCGUUUGGGGUCGUUUCUUUUCGUUUUCUAUCUAUCUUUCACAGUACUGUGAGAAAUGCAGACAUGUACUAUCAUUUGUGGUUUUGCACAUUGCUUUUGCUUUAUUUUGUGAUUCUAAGUUUUGGUUGUUUUAAUUUUACAAAAUACCAGCCUGGUACCAACUUAGUUCUUUUUUUGGUAUGUAUUUCAUUCUCUUUUUAUUAUUUUAUUUUUUUUUCUUUCUUAAAAGUCGCACAAAAACACCUUCUAGCUGUAAUAUGCUGGAGUCCAUGCUUCAUUAAGGGGUGAGAUUGCUUAAAAAUGUGCAAUGUGUCGUUAUUUAUUUGUUAUGGUAAGGUAGCUGCUCCAGAAGUAUUAACAAGAAAUAAGUAAGCCCCAAACAUUUGAUUAUGCUUAUGAAAGGCAUACAUUUUCAAUUAUUUUUAAAUGGACCCUCUUAAGUACAUCAAUUUUAGAAGCUAUUUUCACACACUACUAGUGUUUUUUUUUUUAUGGGAACAUUUGGCAUUUUCUUUGUGCUCCCCCAAAUAAUAUUUUAAUGUCAAUUUCUUGUUUAUAGAAUGUUUUGCAUGUUGCACAAGCAUGUCCUGGGACUGAAGAAGCACUCGCACUUACAGAAUAUUAAACAUUGGGUCCCAAUAUAUAUUUUUUAUUUUAAAGUGUGCGCAUAUCAAGUUCAAACUACAAAAUCCGAUUUUACUUCUAAGUUUUGGGUAUGAAAUUUCCCUCACUACCUCUACUUACCUGUGGACCCUUGAAGUAAAUGGUGGUUUUAUGUUUUUAAUUUCUUGCUGUAUAAUUUUACUGUAAUCAACAUAACAGCUUAGAUAUUCCUUAAAUGAUGUAAAGCAAAUGCAUUCUUUGAGAAGGUCAGGAGCCUCUUUUUUUUUCGUGGUCUCGAGAUGUUCACUUCUUAUUUUUCUUAGUUGAACAUUUUUAUUUCCUCUCUUGUAUUUAUUGAACACUGUAGCCCAGGUUGGCUACAAGUGUUUAGUUCUUGUACAUAUAAAUGAGAAAUCUGCAUUCUGAUGAAUAAAUCCACAUUUCUAAUUUAUAAGAGGGUGUAAAUUUUACCCCAGCCAGUUCUUACCAUGUCAGUAAAUGUAUUGUUUGUACUUCUAUAUUUAAAAAUGAAACGGUGAUUUUUAAACACUACAUUGGCAUUUUAGUGACAGCUUCAGUAUGAUGUAAUGUUGGCAGUGUUGUUUUCUUUUUUGCUGUAUAGCUUUCUUUGUUUUUUUUUUUGGUAUUAUUAAUCUGUAAUGUACUUAAUAUUUAAUUUUAACCAAGUGUUUUUUUUAUGUUUAUUAAUGGACCUAAACUGGUUAUUUCAAUGUAUUAAUUAGAAUAGAUUCCUUCUGUAAUAGUAGUUUUGACACUACUUCUAAUUGCUUUCAUUGUUUUGCACUUGUGUAUGUAAUUCUUAUUUCUGUUCUGGUAAUUUAUUUGGUCUACUUUGAAAGGGUAGAAAUGUCAUUUGUUUUACAGCAUAUUUACAUGAAUAAAAUGUGGUGUAAA